AUGAGUGCAUAUCCGGAAUCGUCCGAUAGGCCUGUAACGACAUCAUCAACUGACUUGGUGAAUCUGGGAGCUCAACUGAGCGAAGUGCUAAACAGGUUCAAUGAGCUAAAUAUGGAGAUGACCGCACAACGACGUGUAAUUGAUCAGCUAGUCACUGGGAGCAGCGGCGGUAUCCAGCGGGAACCCUUACCUGCCAAUCCAACUGAACCAAUACUUUUACCAUGUACUCAAACCUCCUUUACUCCACAUUUUACAAAUCCGCAUAAAGAAACUUUUACUUAUUCCACUCAUGGCCUACCACAUACCCACGCGCCCACUACCCAAGCCAAUCCUCCUCACCUCCAAAUUCCCCAAAAUCAUCCAUCUGUAAAUCUGAACAUGCCACUUGAAUCUCAAGAGCCAUAUUACAAUUUCACUGCUGAACCAUUCACGCUGGAUACCGCUGUCCAAGGGAAAGUUGAAGCUGGGGGAUCCUCCGCACCAAUUGACAAGAAUUUGCUAAAAAGGUUGGAUCGGUUUGAUGAAUUCAUGAGAAAGAGUCAGGGUUUGAGCAAACAAGGGAGCUUGGAUUAUAACGAGUUAUGUCUGUUUUCUGAUAUGCGACUACCUGUGGGUUUUAAAGCACCCAAAUUUAGCAAGUAUGACGGAACGGGCAACCCCAAGACGCAUCUCCGAAUGUUUGCCAACAAGUUGGGCAAGCCAAUAGAUUACGAGAAUCUGCCAGUUCGUUUGUUUCCUGAAAGCUUAGAAGGCGAUGCACUGGACUGGUAUUCCAAUUUGAAGCCCGAGGAUAUGAGAACAUGGUUGGACUUAUCAACCGCUUUUAUAAGGCAAUACGAAUACAAUUGCGAGUUGGCUCCAACAAGGACCACACUGGAAGGAACUAAAAGGAAACCAUCUGAGGAUCACAAGACGUAUGCAAAAAGAUGGAGAAAAUUGGCUGCCAAGGUGGAACCCUCCAUGACUGAAGAUGAAAUUGUGCGUACAUUUAUUAAAGCUCAUGACCCGCCCUAUUUUGAGGAGAUUUUUCGCAUGACUGGAUGUUCCUUCGCAGAAAUUGUUAAUAAAUUGGAAGAGUAUGAUGAGUUUGUGAGAGCAGGAAAGAUUGUUAAUGUGUUAACUCUGAAAUCACAAUUGGAAGCGAUGCAAAAUCAAGACGAUAGUAGUAAGAAAUCCCAGUUCGAAAAGAAAGAUGAGGAAACUUCAUUUGUUUGGAACCAAGGCCCUUCUUUCCGACCUAGGUACCGACAAUACCCCACUUAUUCAUCCCAUUACUCAUACCAGGCACACCCUCGACCUGUCUAUCGUACUACCAUUAACCAUCAUCGAUCCCGACCAAAUUAUCCAGACACACCCACAACACCAUUUCAUAUUUCUCCACCUAACUUCCAAACUAGACCUCACCCUCCUUAUAAUCCCAGACCUGUUCCACCAAACAAAUAG